AUGCUACAAUCUAUUUUCGACUUUGGUUAAACGACUUCUACAUUUUGGAAGUAAUGUGACAAAGCCUUACUUGAUGUACAUAAAUAUCUCAUAAUAAGGAAUAAAAUGAGUUGCUGGAGCACGAAUUCCUGGUCGGUUCAAAGGAGAGGUUGAUUAAAAAAAAGUUUCUGGUGAUGAGUCAGGAUUCACUCUUUAGAGUUUCACUAUCAAAUCUUAAGAAAGCCCCAUUACUUACUAUGCAUGUUUAAUUUAUUGAAGCAUCGUCUGAUAACUUCGUAUAAUUAAACUCUGAUGAAUAAUUACUUGGUUUUCACCUUUCUUAUUAAGGAAAGAGCCUAGAAAUAUUUACUGCAGACAAAAUUAGUUACGAUAUUUGGAAGUCUCAUUUCAAGAGAUUUGCCAUUUUGGAUAACUUUCACGAAGCUUUUUAAGUAUCCAAAAUGAUUGGCAAAGGCAGUUUUGCAAAAGUUUAUCAGGCAACCAAAAAGGAAACUAACACUUAAUAUGCAAUAAAAGCAUUUAGCAAAGCAUAUAUGUAACAGCAAGCUAAAGGAAUUGAGAGUAUGCUAAAUGAAAUAAAAAUAAUGAGAAGACUUAAUCAUCCUAACAUAGUGAAACUAUAUGAAGUGCACGAAACAGCUAAUUCAGUCUAUUUUGUCUUAGAUAUGAUUUAAGGUGGUGAAUUACUAUCAAGAGUGAGAGAGACAGGUAUUUUAUAAAUAAUAAUCUCUUAGGUUUUUUGCCAGCAGAAACGGUGCAGAAAUUAGCUUUUAAUUUAGUGAGUGCCUUAAGUCAUAUGCAUGAAAAUCGUGUCAUCCAUAGAGAUUUGAAACCAGAAAAUCUAUUAUUAAGAUCUACGGAAAACAAUUACGAGAUAAUCCUAGCUGAUUUUGGAUUGGCUACUAAUUUGGAUGAAGAACACCUAUUUAAAAGAUGUGGUACUCCUGGAUUUGUUGCUCCAGAAAUCUUAGAGUAUACUGAAGGCUAAGAAUUUUAUACCGAUAAAUGCGAUGUAUUUAGUGCUGGUAUCAUUUUGUAUCUACUAAUUGUAAUUAAUCUAAUUAAAUUUUUAGACUGGAAACACUCCUUUUAUUGGAAUUGAUUAAAAGUCCAUUCUCAAAAAUAACAAGGAAUGCGAAAUUGAUUUCAAGGAACCCCAUUUCAAAUUAGCACCAAUUCAAAUGCAAGAUCUAAUUCAAUCUAUGCUCUAGAAGAAAGUGUCUUAUAGAUUAAGUUCCCAAGAGGUACUUAUUGCUAAUAAAUAAUUCAUAGUGCAUGAGACACCCGUAUUUUAAGUAAUUAGUCAAGGAAUAUAAAGUGUAAAUUGAAAAAUACCAAAGCAAUUUACAAUGUUAUUAAGAUAUCUAAAAUGCUAGAAAAAUAGGCACAUAAGAUUUAGAAUAGAGAUCUCCUCUAAAUUUCAAUUCCUCUGAUUCUAUCUCUUCAAAUAUUUCUUAAAAUAGAUAGGAUUAGAGAAAAACUUCAAUUGUAGCAGGAGCUUCCAAGUUUAGUCAAUACAGUGCACGAUUAUCGAAACAGAAUUCAAGAGAGAUUUCUGGUAAUUUAUUUAACUAAUAUAUAUAUAGAUAUUCCAUUGAAAUAGGAAUCAAAAAAGUCAAGGGAUUUACAUAGGUUGGCUUUGACCAAUAGCUAAUUAAAAUAGAUUGCUUUCAAUUAAUUCGAUAAUGUGGAAGACCCAACCGCUGAGGAUUGCAAUGUUGGAGUCAUGGUUAGACAAUAUAAUUCAACAAGACAAAUUAGAAUACCAGACAAUACUUUAAAAAUUAAAGAAUGCAAUACUCCUACAAUGUAAAAAUAACAAUGA